ACUAUUGCAGAACAUAAGCUAUUUUAGUGAAUUGGGAUUUUGGGUAUAAACAAACCGAACCGAACCAAAAUGGGUGGAAUCGAAAUUGGAGUCUCUGCUCCCUCUGUGUCUGCUUCUACAUCUAGACGAUGAACGAUUCACUGGGCAGAGUCCAAUAACACAGGCAGAGGUAAGUAAUUCAACUGUCUCUCUCUCUAUCUGGAUUCAACCGUUCAAGAUUCUGGUUAUGGUUGUGGCGCUUCCACUGAGAUUCCGCGACUAAAACCAAUUCCUUUUGAUUCCAUCAUUGAGUAUUCAUUAUUAUUAGCAUACAAGAAAAGAAUAGAUGGGUUCGGGUUCGGGGUCGGAUUCGAAUGGAUGGAACCGUGCCCGAGGGUUGGCGGUUAAGACUCUGCUACUCAUUGGUGGCGCACUUCUUAUCAAGCGACUCCGCAAGUCCACCACGCGCUGGGACCAUGCUCAUUUCGUCUCUAAGGCCCUCACCGGCCAAAAGUAUUCAAAGGACCAAGCUUCCAGAGACCCUGAUAACUAUUUCAAUAUUAGAAUGCUUACAUGCCCCGCCGCAGAGCUAGUGGAUGGUUCCAAGGUGUUGUAUUUUGAACAGGCUUUUUGGAGGAGUCCACAAAAACCCUUUCGACAGAGGUUUUUCAUGGUGAAACCUUGUCCGAAAGAGUUGAAAUGUGACGUUGAGUUAAGUGCAUACGCCAUUAGAGACAUGGAGGAGUACAAAAAUUUCUGUGAUCGGCCAAGGGAUCAACGUCCACAGCCAGAAGAAGUCAUCGGGGAUAUUGCAGAACAUUUGACAACAGUACAUCUUAAGCGUUGUUCACGUGGAAAACGUUGCUUAUAUGAAGGUUCAACACCACCUGGUGGAUUUCCUAAUUCAUGGAAUGGAGCAAGCUACUGUACUUCAGAACUUGCAAUUAUGAAGAACAACGAGAUGCAGACCUGGGACAGGGGUUAUGAUGACGAUGGAAAUCAAGUCUGGGGACAGAAAGAAGGCCCUUAUGAGUUUAAGCCUGCACCAACCUCCAGUUUUAAUGAUAUGUUUUCUCCCUUGAACUUCCCCCCUCCACCGUCCAUGGAAAGAAGAAUAGAGGGCUCAUUUGUUUUGCAAGAAUAAAAGCGUUCCAAACUACAUUGUGUAAUUCUGCUAUUGUAGCUGUAUGUCAAUGUAAUUUCUUUCUUGUUAGUCUGCACUACCUUGUCAAUAUUCAGUCAUAUUUUUAUCCCAAUUAGUGUUAAAGGUAAUAGUGAAAUAAAGAGAUGGCUUGUUAGAUCAUAUGUUUGUAUUAGA